GCUGCUCUGCCGUUGCCAUAGCGACAGUGCCCUCUCUGGGUACGUGGGGCUGGAGAAGUUGCUCUGGCUCUGCGUCAUAUUUAUUCCAGCGGAUCUGUGUGGCGAGGGCUGUCUCCCUCCUGCCUGCCUCCCUGCCUGACUGCCUGACUGCUCGUGCCUCCUCCUCCUCCUCCUCCUCCUGUUCUUGCUCCCGCUCCUGUGAUCCACUCUGGUCCUUUUCUUUCUCUCUCUCUCUCUCUCUCUCUCUCUCUCUCUCUCGCUCUCACUCUCUCCAUUCCUACUCUGUUGUUCUCGCUCUCCUUCUCGCUGUCGCUACGUUGGUCAGUCCAGUCUGUUUCUCUCUCUCUCUCUCUCUCUCUCUUUUUUUGGUGAUCAUCGUUAAUUGACCUCGCUCGGUGUCGUCAGUGCAUGCUGCUGCUGGGUGCGCCUGAAGGUCCAGACAAAAGGGAACAAGGAUCUUGGACGUUCAGUGGGGGUGCCAGGGGGAAAGGUGUGUGCGGACAGAAGAAGCCCCAUGCUAACAGCGUGUGGACUUAACCCAGACGUUUCUCUCUGAGCGAAACCAAACAUGUGAGAAGAUGUCGGUAGGAGGCUGUGCUUGCCCAGGCUGCUCCUCUAAAAAUUUCAAGCUGUACUCCCCAAAGGAGCCCCCCAACGGUAGUGCCUUUCCCCCCUUCCACCCAGGCACCAUGCUGGACAGAGAUGUGGGCCCCACACCAAUGUACCCUCCUACAUACUUGGAGCCGGGAAUAGGGAGGCACACACCGUAUGGGAACCAGACAGACUACAGAAUAUUUGAGCUUAAUAAACGGCUACAGAACUGGACAGAGGACUGUGACAACUUAUGGUGGGAUGCCUUCACCACCGAGUUCUUUGAGGAUGAUGCCAUGCUCACCAUUACGUUCUGUCUGGAAGAUGGGCCCAAACGAUAUACUAUUGGUCGGACAUUGAUUCCCCGAUACUUCCGGAGUAUCUUUGAAGGGGGAGCUACAGAGCUUUUUUAUGUUCUGAAGCAUCCUAAGGAGUCCUUUCACAACAAUUUUGUGUCUUUGGACUGCGAUCAGUGCACAAUGGUCACACAGAAUGGAAAGCCCAUGUUCACACAGGUCUACGUGGAGGGCCGUCUGUACCUUGAGUUCAUGUUUGACGAUAUGAUGAGGAUCAAGACGUGGCACUUCAGCAUACGGCAGCAUCGCGAGGCCCAGGAUCCCCAGAUGUUGGAGCAGCUGUCAAAAAACAUCACACGAUGCGGCCUCUCCAAUUCCACGUUAAACUACCUCCGACUGUGUGUGAUCCUGGAGCCCAUGCAGGAACUCAUGUCCAGGCAUAAGACCUACAGCCUCAGUCCCCGAGACUGCCUCAAGACCUGCUUGUUUCAGAAGUGGCAAAGGAUGGUGGCUCCACCAGCCGAGCCAGCCAGACAAGCUCCCAAUAAGCGGCGGAAACGCAAGAUGUCCGGCGGCAGCACCAUGAGCACGGGCGGCGGCAACAAUAACAACAACAACAGCAAGAAGAAAAGCCCCGCCAGCAGCUUUGGUCUCGCCAGCCAGGUACCUGAUGUGAUGGUGGUGGGCGAGCCCACGCUGAUGGGCGGGGAGUUCGGGGACGAGGACGAGCGUCUGAUCACGCGGCUGGAGAACACGCAGUUUGAUGCGGCCAAUGGCAUCGACGACGAGGACAGUUUCAACAACUCCCCGGCCCUGGGCGCCAACAGCCCCUGGAACAGCAAAGCUCCCUCCAGCCAGGAGAGCAAGAGCGACAACCCCACCUCCCAGUCCUCCCAGUAGACUACUGCACUUGCGCGGCGGUGGGGUUUGGAGGGGGGGGGGGGGGGCAGGUGGUGGACUGAAGUGGGGGGGCAAGUGGAGGUGAAAACAAAGGGGAGAAUUUGAAGCCAGGGAGGUGGUCACUACUAAAGGACAGUUGACAUAUUCAUAUAUUGUGUGAGUGUGUUUGUGUGUGUGUGUGUGUGUUUGCGUGCCUGUGUGAUAUGCGUGUAGAAUCAUAAUGACACAAUAGAAUACAAGUCCUCAAAACCGGGCCUCAUGGUCAUUGCUCACUGUUCUGUAGGGUCCCUAGUGAUGGAGGUUUCCAUUAACAAGCUUUUCUCAGAUGUGCGUUUGGGUGUUUUAUAGAGCAAAACUGCAAACUCAGCUCUCGCUCCUCAGCACAGCACAGCACACUCCCUCUCGGUCAUUCAGCUGAAGUGUGUGGGUGCUUUUGAGUGUGUUGUUUUAUUUUAUUUUUUUUUUUUUUUUUAUUAUUUUUUUUUUAUUGUGGGUGGGUGUGUAUUGAUUUCCCAUUGCUGCAUACAAUGGCUGGGUCCGGUGCGGUCCGGGUCUCUGACUAAGCAGUGUUAGCAAUGGCCGCUGCGUCUGUGGGUUCUUGUUCCAACCUCGGGUCUCUUGUGUGCAAUCUGCCUGACAUGGGCACUCUGGUUUCUGUUGUGCUCACUUCACAAUGAAGGAUUAUAUAUUUUAUUUAAAUCGCUUUUAGUAGAGACAAAAAGUAUUGUGUGCACUUCAGAUAAAAAAGAGAGAGAGAGGAUAAAAAAAACACUCAGCUUUUUUUUAAAAACUCAACUAUUUGUUUUGUAGGACCUGGUUGGAACAAAAACCUGUACAGUGCCGGAGCUUGAGGACCGGAGUUGAGAACCACUACCUUUUAAUCUGAAAACAAACGAAUAUUAAAAAAAUGAGUACAAAAAAGCUCAAAGCAUUGAGAUUGAGGUACUGGAGUUUGGGGCACAUUCACCCUGAUCAGAUUGAACUGACCACAAAAAAGUCCCAGACUCCGCAGAAGUGUUCUUUUCUUUCUUUUUGUAUCUUUUACAUGGGUUUUGUUUUUUAUUUUUUAUAACAGUUUUUUAAAAAACAAAACCAACUAGCAAGCAAAACAAAACACCCUGAAUAUUCUUUGCACUGUUUUCACUGUUUUCUCAAACUAUUUUUCUUAUAAUGGUGGACUCUGUUCUUUUUAGUCCUCUUAAUAUUAAAACAUGCGAAAAACAUCAGAAAAGUGUAACUGGAGAGUAAAAUCUAUAAAUGUGUAUAAAAGCUAUUACUGUCAAAUAUUUUGUAGCAUUGUUCUCAUAAUGAUUAUGUAAUUACAUGGUCUGUGUAUGUGAUUUAUCAGACAAAAUCAUGAAAAGACUAUCUUAAAGGUGCAGUAGGUUUUUUUUUUUGUCAAAAGAAAAAUGUUUUUAGUCUCACAACAGUGUGAUUUCAUUAUUUGUUUUGAUGGCAUGAUGGAGGAAACAUUAAAUAAUGGGUAAAAUAAUCACACAUUUUAGAAUGUACAGGAAACUGCUGUAAGCUUCAGAAACAGCAUUUCAAUUAUUUCUGAAGUGCGUUAGAACUACACAUCAUGAAGCCUUUAUUUUUGAAUAAAUUUGACGACAAAAAUUCCACACUGCACCUUUAAUUGUGACUUUAAAAUCAGACAUCAGACAUUUUAAACAUCAUUGCUUUACUCUAUUAAAAGAAGUGUAAGUCAUAACCUGCAUGUUCUAUUCCCCACACACGUGCAAGGGUCCACUCUUAACAUGACCCUCUUGAUUCAAAUUGCCCAUAGCACUUUGUUUCCUGAUCAAGCUACAGGAGAGAAAGUGGCCGAAUACCUCCGAGUUGACUUCAUUUGAAAAGAUUUUUUUUUUGUGUGUAUGUGUGCAACUAACCAUUUCUUGGAUGUCUUUGCACAUCCUAUUUUAAUCCCCCUUGUUUUUAUUAUGUUGGAAAAGAAAUCCCACUCCUUUUACACUGCUGUUAAUGGUCUCUUAAGGUAAUAUCUAGCCCCCCCCCCCCUCCCCGCCCAUCCUCUUAGUUCUAUAAAAGAUUUCUAAGCUACAAACCAAGGAGCUGAUGGCAAGAUCCUUUAAGAUCCCCUCUGAUAAAUUUGUACAAGAAAAUCAUUUGUGUGGGAGUUUUAUUAUAGUUUCCCCCCCUCAUUUUGUAAUUUCAAUUUUGUGUAUUUGUGCUUGUAUAUUUAAGACAGUAGCCAGUUUCUGUACAACUGUACUUCAGUGUAUUCCUCUUUAGAACACCCUAAAGACCAUCCCUGUCUUAUGUAAAAAACAAUAACAUUUUUGUCAAAUAAAGAAAUGUAUGAAGUUUAAAAGUAAAGGGUACAGAUACCAUUCACGUCAGAAGUAGAUAAUAGUUUUUACUUCAAUGUACAAUGUAUUUAUUUUUUUGACUUCAUGUCAUUGUAUUCUUUCUGGAUUCAGUUUGUCUUUCUGUAAAAUAUGUCAAUAUUUGCUGGGAAUGAAUUUGAUGUUGCUACUCUUCGACAGGGACAUUUGUGUGUAACCUGAUCAUUUAUUAAGCACCAGAUGAGUUAGACAUAACAUCAGUAGGAAACAGCCGAGUAGUAAUUGUCUUGUUUCUUUUCUAGCUCAGUCUCAUUUGGAAAGAAGUGCCCCUGUUACAAGUGUAACGAUUGUGCAGCUCUCACAGGGUUGCAUUGGUUUGGUUCUAUGUAUCAGAGGUAGGAAAACCUGGAUUCUGAAAGUAAAAGUCCUACCAUGUACAAAUUCUACCUGUGCGCUUAAAAACAGGUGAUUUUUUCCAAUUAUCCAAUCUACCUGGUUGAAGUGUUGUGAUAAUUAGAAUGACCAGGUUUAGUGAAUGGAUGAAACAAAUUUGUAGUAGACUUUUACUUUCUGAUGUUGGGUAUUUUCACCUCUAAUAUAAAUGAAUACCAGUCACAAGACAGCAGAGGGCACUGCAAGGCACUCUUAAACAUGUCACGUUAUUCACACUGCAUACCCUCACCAGCUUUAAAGCACUGGUGUAAUGAGAUAUAUAUAUAUAAAAAAAAAUGUCUUUUUGCAGAAACUUUUUUCACUAAUAGUUGCUCUGUGUUCUUGAUAUGAAACCAAAAUUCAGCAGAUAAAUGAACAGUAGCAGAGUUAUUGGAUAUCUUAAGGAGCUACUAGCAGGGUGACAGCAGAAAUUGAAUGGUGAUGUACCCUCUUUGCUGUUCCCCUGAUCCAGGGGGCAGUUUGAUAUAUAUUUUUGCUUAGUUUCUGCCAUUGAUAAUUCAUGUAUGGUAUCAAUAAAAAAUAAUUUUCACUUGUAAAGUA